AUGAAUGCAAUUCGGUUCAAGAUUGUUGACCAUGCCCCGGCUCCUCUCGCGCAGUCAUCCUCAGAUGGACGCAAGAAACAUCCUUUGUGUCCAGGAAGAACAGCUCGGACAUUCCCUCAAUUCUCCUACCCCUCGGUCCAUCCUAUCAACUGGACAAACCACAUGGACAUCACCAACCACACCAUGACGACAUUCGAGCUUGUAAGCCCAAAGGAAACUUACUUCAUAUGCGACGAAAUCGAGUUGCGUGUACAUGCGCGUAAUGGCCGCAACGAGUCUAAAAAAUAUGGCGGUGACCUUUUCCGAGCAAAGAUUUUCACCAAAAACUCGACUUAUUCUGCGAGUUCUUCAUCUGACGGCGAAAUUGUUGAUCACGGCAACGGGACAUAUAGCGCAUAUUUCACUCUUAAAUGGACAGGAAUUAUCUCGAUUUCUGUGUCUUUGAUAGUUCCAAGCGAGGCUUCUUAUGUUUUGGAUCGUAUACGCGCUGAACACCAGCCCAGGAUAGCAUAUUUCGGAGGAUUCGUGUCCAGUAACAAAUCCGAAAAGGAGGGAUUUUGCAACGUACAACUCAGAAAACCUAUGAAUGAGACUGAGUUUUGCAAUUUCACAGAUGCGGCUACUAAAUCUCCAUGGUUUUGCGAAAAGCCAGCUGGCUUUCGUUGCAGCGAAUGGAAGAAACAUCGAAUCGAUGGCCGCAGAUCGGAACAGCAAGCCCUGGAAUUGAUCAAUCAAACAGAAAGGGAAGCAUUUCAAGUGUAA